CCCUUAUCGUUUGCACUAACUAGGGCGGGUAUUUGCUCCCAAAAAUGGAGAGCUAAAUUUAGAUUGGAGAAAAUAAAACUUGAACAUGAAUAUGAGUGAGUUCCCACAGUCUUUCUGAAGCGCGCAUCUGUCUGUGACAGACCAGAAGUGGUCUUUGAACCACAUCUCCGAAUAUCAGAAGUGAAAGAAUGCAUGGAGUCGAGAGGAAACAGGUGAAAGCGCUAAGGACCCAUGUGCUUUUCAGCUGAGAAGCAUCAAAGAGAGAAACAGACACAGACAGACAGACACGGUUCACUUCAUAACAGAUGCAACAGAAAAGAUUAAAGGAAGAGAAAAGGAACUGCAAAAGUCGGAGAGGAAAAGGCACGCACAUACACAGGUCCCCAGCGGUCACAUGACUCAUAUAUCCGUUUUAGACACAUUCUUACUCAGCCGGCUGCUGUCAUGCUGCCGGGAUUCGGCGGCAGCUAUGAGUGAAGGCAGUGUGAGUGCAGGACCAUGACCUUUAACAUGAACCGUAAGACCAUCCUGCAGCAGCAGAGGAGCCUGGACACUUGCUUAGCAGAAAAUACCUCUAAGAAGAGUUUGCGCUGGAGACGGGGAUCUUUUAGUAAUGGAAAACAGACUAAAAACAUAGGAUCUCUGACCCGGGGACGAGAGCAGGUGAGCCGGUCAAAUUCCAGCUCUCUGGUAGACUAUACAGAUCCACAGAGAACGACGGUUGUGUUGGAAAAACAAGACAAUGAGGCGUUCGGAUUUGAAGUUCAGACUUAUGGGAUUCAGCUGAAUAACAGCAACGAGUUGGAGAUGUGUACGUUCGUCUGCAGCGUGCAGGAGGGUAGUUCUGCAGAAACAGCAGGCCUGACCGCUGGUGAUAUCAUAUUGACGGUAAACGGUGUCAUCAUCAAAGGGUUCACCCAUCACAAAAUCAUCGAACUGAUCCGCGAGUCUGUCAACAUGCUAAAGAUGGAGACAGUCAGUGGCAGUGUGGUCAAAAGAAUUGAACUAGAGAAAAAGAUGCGGCAGCUCAAGCAAACACUGCAUGAGAAAUGGCUAGAGCUGCAGGCACUCACCCUACAGGAAAAGCGUCUUACUCGAGGGAAUCUGAACAUCAGCUCUGAGCAUCCAUCCAUGGACUCUCUCAUGUCUCUGUCAUCACCUACUAGUCGGUCUGGACUUCGUUUUUCCAGUGACAGCAGCUGGCCGAGCGUGUUGACAGACGAGGUCGGCGAGGACGUGUUCGAAGACUUCAGCCCGAGCAGCCCUCACAAAGCCAACUGCGACCUAUUCAAUGCUAUGUUCCAGUCAGAGGGGGCGCCACCGAGGCCGGGUCUGUGCCGAACACGCAGCAUCAGCAGCGGCAGCAGCAGCAACGGCUGCCAGUCACCCACGUGGGAUAACAGCCGAGUGUCCUCGUCCUCCAACAGCUCAGUGUUCGCCACGCUGCCUCGCCGAGGAAGGAAAGGCAGCAUGAGAAAAAACCUGCUGAAGCUGUUACCUGGACUGAACUAUUCUGUGGAAGAAGAGGAAACCACCUGAGACAGACUGCUGGCAUGAAGCACCCCCCCCCUCACCCCCCUAAAAAAAGGUGGAAUUCCCUAUGAUGAAUGUACUGUAGACAUCUGUAACAAUGUGAAAAGUGGACUUGUGAUGAUUGUAAGACUUGUCAUGAAUUGUCCAGCUGAUACUGACAUUUUCACAUCAAAGACAGGAAGCCGUCUAUAGCAUCAGCAUGUGCGUCUUUGCACCCUACCUGAGCCAGAAGGUUUAUGCAUUUCAUACUCAACAUAAACAGUUUGAUGUGGUCUGUGACAGGAAAGAAGUCUUCUAAAAAAAUAAGAAAAAGAAAAGAAAAGCUGUUUGGCAAUGCCAUUUAAGAUGCAGCAGAGAGGUCUGCGGCACAGCAGUGAAUACAAAUCAAUCCAUCCCUCAUUCAGGGUUUCAAUCUUACUUGUAACAGAUCGAAAGUGGUGUUGAUUCAGUUUCGACAAUUCUUCUGCGAGCGAAAAAGUAAUCUAAACAGCGAUCAUAAUCUGAGAGUAAUAAUGAAGGAAAACAUGCGAUUAUAAAUUGCUAGAGAAGACUUACUCACUUUGCGUGCAGUGUCAGUCAGCAAGUUCUCCUGCACGUCUAAAGAGGAGAGUCUUCAGGACUAUUUGGUCUUAUUAACUUCAAGAGAAAGAAGAACGCGAGGCUGGAGAGGGAAUAACUGCAUCACACCACUCUGUCUUUGAUUAUUUUCCCACAAAAGCACACCCUGUUGUGUCGUAUUCCUGUAAAAGAGUAAUCAAAACAAAUAAGGUCUGUCAAGCAAAGUUUAGAUAUUGAAUCAGUGACCUGUCUCGGAUUUACAGACUCUUGUAGAGAGUGUAAGUUUGAAAAUAGUGUUUUAUUUUCCUUUUUAAAUGAACGUUCAGCAUUUAUUUAAUAUUUCGUUUCUAAAGUAUACAUCCAGUAUUACCUAUGGACAAGAGCUCAGCCUAUGCACCAUUCUGGAACAUGUAGCAUUCCAGAUGUGACCUAAAACCCAUGAUAUUCUAGAACAGAGCCCCUUGAUGGCUUGGGUCAUUAUAGGACAAGCCACACGUUAGCAUUACACACACACACACACACACACACACACACUCCUGCACGCAGACACACCCGCAUGUGCAUCAGCAAGUAGCACAGAGUGCAGAGUAUCGUUUAAAUCAAGAUUUAAAUAUUAAAAACCUGAUUGUCGUUGUUGUUGUUGUUGUUUUGCAUGUUUGUGGGAUGCAGCAUGUACACUGCUUUACAAUGCUAGUCUUUCAUUUUUUCGAUUUUUCCUCCAAAACCUGCAUUAAAGCGCUGUACAGGUACAAACAGGAGAAGGUGUGAGAACGAGACAAGUGUGAUCAUGUAGUUUAUUUUUAUUCGACCUACAUGUGCGUCGCAAUAAAUAAAAACAAAGCAACCGUAAACAAUAAAGAUGUCUUCUUCUUUUUUUUUUGCAUUUUUACAGCUUUUCCACGCUCGCUUUCAAUCUUCAAUGCUACAGUAAAACUAAGCAGAGUUUUUGAAACGUGGAAAUGAUCAUAGUGAGCUGCACGGAGAUAGUGUGAGGGCUAUGUGAGUUUAACACCACAGCCCAUAACCACAGAUAUAUCUGAAAAAUGUUCAAAACAGGAUGUGGCUGUGAGAAAGGUGUUACCCUACCGACUAUUUUAUACUGCAGGUGACGUUCGAGAGGCUCACUCUCUGUUCCUCCAAACUUCCACAAGAUGCAAAAUAAUGUCUAAAAACUUAACGUUUACAGGGGAAAGGCACUCGAAAAAAUAAUGUCUAAAACAAAACACAUGCUGUUUAGCUGCUGCUCCUGACUGGUGAUGAUGUAAAUCAAUACUGACUACUCAUCCAUGUACACAACACUGUUCGAAAGUCUCUGGCGCUCUUUUUAAUCGAGUAUUUUGCAUAAAUUCUGCUGAUUUUUAUCCUCACUGAGUCAGAAAUAUUAGAUUCUUAAACUUUGACAUUGUCAUCUGAGUUUUAAUGUAAUGUUUGCGUGUGAGAUUUUUUUCCCCCUGUAGAUACAAAACUACAGUAGAAGCAUAUCGAGAAGCCGAGUUAUGUAAAAUAAUUCAUGCAGACUGAACCACAAGAGCAAGCGAUGAUUUUACUCAGAGCUUUCGCAAUCAUUAAUCUCUUUACAGUAUUUUAUCAAAGCAGUUCUGUGUUUCUGAAAGGAAUUUCUUUAUCUACAAUAUAAUAUUAAUUUAAUGACAUUAAUUAAUAAACAUAAACGCCGAAGCAAUGGUAAACACUAGAUGGCAGCGAGACGAGACUUUUAAGCAAUAAUCGGUGAGCAAAAACACAGCAAGAUCUCAUGGCUAAGUUUAUUAUUAACCAAAGUUUAUUAUUUAAAUAAAAAGCAGAUUCAUUUCAGACACUGAAAUGAUGUUUAUUUAUCCUGAUUUUAGGAGCAGAUAAUCAAUACAUUCUUUAUUUAAUCAGAUCAGUAAGAUGAAAACAACUUUAUACUAUUAGGGAAGAUUUCGGU